CCCCUUUUGGUGCCAAAAUAAUCGCGCGAAGCGAUGGAGCCCCGGAGCCUCUCUUGGCGCAGCACCGAGAUGCGCUUCUACUCCGCGGCCGUUAGGAAGCGCAAUGCGGAGGCGGCGGCGACGUUUCGCUGCCUUUCCAAGCCGAGGAAGGCGAGGGCUCUCUCUUCUUCUUCCCUGGCGCAGAGGAAGCAGAGAGCUUGUUGGGUAAAGAGACGGUGCCCGUUUGGGCUGCCGCGGGCUCCCUCUGCAGUUCCCGUCCCUCGGCUGGUUGCAGUAGCAGCAGCAGGCUCGGCCCCGCGCUCGCUCCCCAGCCUCUCUCGCCGUCCGAAGAGGCCCUUGGAGAGCGAGCGACCCGGCGCCCUUGCAGGAGAGCGCGGCGAGAGACAUGGCCCCGGGCGCCUUCCCCGGGCGGCGGCUGCUGCUGGCGCUGCUGCUUGGCGGCGCCUUAAGCCUGGCCCCGACGGCCGCGAGCGCCCCGCCGGCCGUGCCUUGCCAGGCCCCGCUGCAGUGGGAAGGGCGCACGGUGGUGUACGACCACAGCACCGGCAGGAACACCCGGGCGGCCGUGUCCUACGACGGCCAGAACCAGCGCCUGCGGAUCCUGGAGGAGAGGAAGCAGCUCAUCCCUUGCAAGAAGUUUUUUGAAUAUAUCUACCUCUAUAAAGACACGGUGAUGUUUCAGAUUGAGCAAGUGACAAAGCUGUGUUCCAAGAUUGCCUUGACUGAGCCGUGGGAUCCUUAUGAUAUUCCCGACAACUCAACCUACGAAGAUCAGAACUACAUUGGAGGACCUGGGGACCAAAUUAUGGUACAGGAAUGGUCUGACAGAAAACCAGCUAGGAAAUUUGAAACCUGGGUUGGCGUUUAUACAGUCAAAGACUGUUACCCAGUGCAGGAGACCUAUACCAGGAACUACAGUGUGACCACCUCCACCCGAUUCUUUGAUCUAAAGCUUGGGAUAAGUGACCCAUCUGUAUUCACUCCUCCCAGCACCUGCCAGACAGCACAACCAAACAAGAUGAGCGAUGAAUGCUAAUCAUGGAGAUUGGCUUCUACAUGCAAACAUAUGUAAUAUAGUUAUCAUGAAUCCUCAGCUGCUGAUGUCUUAACAUGGUGGUUGCACUUUGCAGAAUGGAGGGCUUUGGGAAUGAGAUCUCUCGUUGACUAGAAAAAGUGAGAAAACCCAUCUCUCCACCAGAGUCUCAUUCCAAUAUUGUCCUCAUAUUCUACACUUAACAGUGAAGCAUUUGUUUUAGCUGCCACAUUUUUGUUGGAAGAACUUGUUGCUUAUAUUUCCCAAGAGACACAUUGUGCUCUUAAAGCAUAUUAAAAUAUCAUGUGCAUUUGCUCGUUUUGGAGAAGUGAGCAUACUUUAUGACAUGUAGCAGGGAAGGCAUUUCCAUAACGUGCCACCAUUAACCGAUUAUGUAGAGAGAUUUCCUUAACGUCUUGGAAGUAAAUGAAUUUGCUUUUGGGGUGAAAAAAUCAAGAAUAACUAUUCAUAUAAUAAGGGACUGGUGUGAUACUACAGUGAUGCCUAAGUGUUCUUCUACCUUCUACUGCUUUCAUGGGAUCUGAUGGGAGUUCCUUCUCAUUUAUGCACCCUGUAUUAAAUAUGCUUUGUUAAAGCAAUGUUCUUUUGAAUUUAUGCAAAAAAGGAUUGCUUUACUUGUUUAACAGUCUCUCAUUGAAAACCUAUAGAGCUGGUGUCUUGUCAGAAAUAUAUAUUUGGCAACAUUAGAUAUAUUUAGGAUACAAGUGCACUGCACCCAAUGAAUAUAUAUAUAUAGUAUUUUUUGUAGUUAUUUGUAGUUAACCUCUGCCAACAAACUUCAACUGUUCAACAGUCCCUUGCACUAAAGUCUGCUGCUAUUCAUUAGCUUUGUUUUAUUUUUAGGAUUGUUUUAAUUUUGUUGGCAUUUGUUUGUAAGUCUUGUGUGAGUUUGGUUUUCGUCAGAGAAAGUAUGGUGCAAAUAAGUCAGUGGGGGGCGCUCUUGGAAUUGCAGGGGCCUCUGUGUGCUCAGCAGUCAGUCUGCAGAGCUCCAGACUAAGCUGAGCAUCGGUAUUAUUUUAGACGUCUCAAUGAAAUUGGGGGUCAUUUACCCUUACUGGCUAGGAAAAGAAGACCAUCUUUUGUCAAGAAAGCAGCUCCUUUAGUACAUAUAAGAACUAAACACCCAUCAGUGGUGACGUAGAUCAUGGGUAGGCAAACUAAGGCCUGGGGGUCGGAUCCGGCCCAAUCACCUUCUAAAUCUGGCCCAUGGAUGCUCCAGGAAUCAGCGUGUUUUUACAUGAGUAGAAUGUGUCCUUUUAUUUAAAAUGCAUCUCUGGGUUAUUUGUGGGGCAUAGGAAUUCAUACAGUAUAUUUUUUUCAAAAUAUAGUCCGGCCCCCCAUAAGGCCUGAGGGAGAGUGGACCGGCCCCCUGCUGAAAAUGUUUGCUGACCCCUGAUGUAGAUCUUCUGUAGCUCUUCCCUCUGUGUGUGAUUGGUCAAGGCCUCCUGUGCCUUCCUCCCAGUCUCCGCAUGUUCACUGGAAGCAUGAAGGAAAUUCAAUCCAUGCACAUGACACCCAGGCACAUAGCACCUGUCAUUCCUUUUGCUCAACACAUCAAGGUUGGAAAUGGGGCUUCAGGCGCAACCCUGAACCCUAGUCAUGCACUGACUGAAGUUGUGGAAGGGGAGGAGAGAACAGGGUCCGUUCUUGCAUCAGACAGGGUCAAAACGAGAGUGCUUAUCAGUGCCUUUAAAUAUGACGCUUGUGUGUAUUACUAUAUAACGCCAUUGCACUUUAUGGAGUAACAAAGACAUGCCCUCAGCCUGAGCAGUUAGCAAUCUAAAAUUUGAAACGGGGGAAAGAGGGGAUAAAGAUGGCGGAUGAGGGUAAUUGGGAGCAUAUGCUUACUUUGGUCACACAUGCUUGGCUUUGCCAUCACAGGUGUUUUCGGGGAAAGAUUUGAAGGAGGAGAAAAGCACAGAUAAGUGGUCUAGGAUGGAGGUUUAGCUGUGAGAAAGAGAAAGGGCAGAGUUAUUUGAGAUAGCAGGAAACCUUCAGGCAACUGAGAACAGCGACGUCGGUGGCUUUUAUUGCAAGGAAAGGGACCUUUUGAUGGAUCCAUGAGGAUUUCAGGAAGGCUCUUCCAUGGUCUGAAGGUGAAAAGAGACGAGUGGUUUUGGUGGCAGAAUUCUGGGUGGAGGUGAGAAGGCCAAGGUGUGGUACUAGAAAAUCGGAUAGGAGGUUGUGACAGUAGAUGAGGAGGGAGAUUAAACAGGUACCAUAUAAAACAAGGGUGACGAACUGCUAGCCUGCAGUAUGGGGCUUCUGUUUCUGGCUUGUGAAAAGCCUUCUGUUGGAGGCCACACAUACCCACCCACCCCACCAAUUGGGUUUGUAAAAAGCCAUCUGUUGGGGGUUUGCCUUUCCUGUGUGCUGUGCCUACUUGCCCAAAAGGCUGUCCUGCCGCAGUUUGAUAAUGGGCGGUGGCAGGGGGAAGCCUGUUUUCCAAGGCUAAUUGUUAUGGAGGUGGAGAGGAUCUUCCUGGAGAAUGCAGUAGAAGAAGCUGGGGAUGAUGGGAAGGAGAGACCAGAACAUACUGUGGGGCGUCUGGUUGGCAUCGGCUGUAAUACAGAAAUAGUUUUACAAGUUAGUGGCCUGCCCUAAACAACUUAAGCAGCACAGCAUAUAUAAUAAUCUGUCAAGUUAUUGACGCAUAAAUUCAGGUAGUAUUUGCUGAAAGCAGAUGGGUAAUAAACAUACUCAAAUGUUUAUCAUUUUUCAGAUGCUACUACUAAUAAUUUCCUCAUUCAUGAGCCAACGUGUUAAUGCUAAUGUUUAUUAUUAUUAUUAUUGUUAUUUGUAUUUAACCUAUGUGGCCAAUGUAUUUUUGAACCGCCUUGUGUGUAGCAAUAUAGAAAGGCGGUAUACAAAUUAGAAGUGAAAUGAAAUUAAAUGAACAAAUAGCACAUUCUGUCAAGACAGAAAACAUCUCCCCUUCAUUAACGUUGCAAAAUGUACUAAGAAUCUUGAUUAAAAGCUAUAGAACUGAGUUUUUGUGUGUGAUGGUUUUCAUAUGAUACACCACUGCUCCAUGAUAUUGUAGAUUAGGGAGAUGAUGGUUCCUAUCUCUUGAUGAUAAUUGUUCUUAGUUUGUCAUAAUAAUCAUUCUAGCUAGUUUAUUUUAUGCACCUUUGAAUAAAACACCUUUGAAUAGUGCAAACACCUUUGAAAAUGUUGCAGUGGGAGCUGGGUAAGAUCAAUAUAGACUCUCACCUAGGGAAUCAAGUCAUGGAUAUAUUUCUCAGUUCUGUUCUGCCAACUAAAUAAAGGUGUGUGUGUGAAAGCA